GUACAAUACACACCUAUAGCUUAGCGAAAUAAAAUUGUAAAGUUUUAGUUUUUUUUUUUUUAAAUUUUUCGAAUCAGUACACAGUUUUUCGAAUCAGUACACAGUUUUUUUUUAUUUUCAAAAUAUUUGGCAGUCCUCCGUUUUUUGUGUCGGUUUUUUGUUUCGUAAAAUUUGUUUUGUAAUAAUGUCUGAAACCGAAAAUUCAUCAAUGUCAUCGGAAAGCGAGGCACGUGACUCGGCUUUCCCAGCUUCGAAUGGGAUGCGAUCGGCUGCCGCCAUUCGAAAUAACAUGCGUGGAUCCAAACAGCGGUUUGGGACCGCACACAAGGGAAAAGCUGUGCUGAACCUGGCAGCGCAGCGGUUGCGCCGGAUGUCUCUAGAGCACGGAGCCCGGUCCCGUAAGCCAACGUCUAUGUUCUUGCCUAUGGAAGCGCUUAGUGACUGCCACCUGGAGCCCUCGUAUGACGGUGGAUGUGGCGUGAAGCCGAAGCGACGUUUAAGCUCUAAGCGCAAGCCCAAAGGCACAUGUGGCAAGAACCACAGCAAGCGCUCGAAUUCCUCAAGUGGCAAACGCAGGCGCCGGAAGUCUGCGGCUUCUAAGAAGACCAAGCGCGAUGCCAAGCAUGGCUGCGGCAAGAAGCCCAAGAAAGCCAGGAAACCCAAGAGGCCCGUUUGCUAGACAAAGACUGCAAAAAAAACAAAACAGCAAGAAACGAAACAAAACCAUCGCGCGAAAGUUACAACAGAACUUGGAAUGCCCCACCCCCAGCCACCUACGAGCAACCCAUCCUCAGCGCCUGCGGGUUAUGAUUCCAGGUGCCCAUAUAUCCAUCAAGGGAUAACGAGGAGUCGCUAGAGAGCAUCGUGCAGCAGGAGCAUGCAUUUGACUUCCAUUCCGAUCCGGAGGCCGCGCAUGCCGUGCUGCUCAAAACACACUGUCCGAUCACCAUUAUACCUUCGGAGCCCUGUCUUCAAGAGCGUGUCAACAUGCACAUUGUGAGUAGAUGAGACGAAGAAGAGACCCCUCUGGAUAGAAGGUGCACAAUUAAUUUUGUUUAGUUUUCCCGUCGCAUUGUCGCCUGAAGGCCGCCGUCCAGCAUACGGCCAUCACUCUGCUGAACCAAUAGCUGCCCAUGAUCGAAGAGUAUUCCUGCAAUGCUAUUGUGUUGGCAGCUUGUAUCUUCCACAUUCGGCUGGUGCUGCUACGUGCGCGAUCAUGUGCGGGAGUGGGAAAAAUAUCCGGAAAAUGUGCGGAUCAUCGAGCUGGUAGAGGCCGAGUUCCUCAAACGAAUUGUCGAUUGGGUGGCGGUGUUAAAUGGUGGGGAUAUUUCCGAUAAAAAACAAAUAUUACAUCAAAUAAAUCCAUAACGAGGGGGAA